UCUCGCUCUGGGAGAAGCAGCGUCACGCUAGAAUACAUCCUGCCAACCGCUGGCUAGCGCUGCCUUAGUGGGCGUUUUAAGCCUGUCCCCCGUCAAUGGGUGCGCUGAAAUGAUGCACUAUGGCGGGGGUGUCUUCUAUUUUUUUCCCUAACCUAAUUCCAAACACGGCUGCUUUUCCACAAAAGUCGAGUCCUUCGCUCCAUACAGCUGCGGAUCCCAAACAGAAACUCUUCCUUCAACUGGAGGGCUGGUGGCGCCCCAAAGCGUUCUCAGAGCUGGGUGUCCACUUCUUUUACUUCUCCUCCGCUGGACCCUGCGCACUUCUUCAACCGCAUCUCAUUUCACAUUCCAAGCUGUCUUCGCGCUUGGCUACACUCUCUCCGAUCCGGGAGCUUGGUGCUCAGCCAGAACACGUUGCUAGAACGCCCAGGCGCCUGAUACAACCAGUGGUGCAUCAGCAGGUGCAUUGCCCGCCAUAUGCAACACCCGGUCAACAUGUCCGGCUGGCAGAACGGCUCCCAGCAGCAGCAGCAAGCCUUUACCAAUGUUUUCGACUUUGAUGUUAUAGACGAUGGCACUCCGACGCAACAGCUCGCCAUGGGGUUCAACCCCGGCGCGCAGCAGACGGCCGACGAAAGCAUGAUGUCCAUGUUCGAUACCGACAUGCUAAGCACACUCGCCGACGAUAUGGCGAUGAAUAUUGAUACAAUGAACAAUGCAACGCUAGACCAGAUGUUCCCGCCGAUUCCGCUUGAAAAUUCCGUUCCGGCAACUCCAGCUGCUCCGGCAGCCGAUACUCACAUUGCAGCCAACGUCCCUGGUGGCGGGCCGGCGCCGACUGAUGGCCCCCCGCAAGUGACGGCAGCUUCUCAAGCGGCUGUUUCUGCGAGCAACGGGCUUACGGAAUUCACGAAACGCAGAAACUGGCCUGCCAAGGUUGUGGAAGAGCUGCGAGACUUUUUACAGAUCCUUGAUGCAAGCGGCAGAAUAAAGUACACCUCACGCAGCAUCACAGAAGUAGCUGGAUACGACUCGGACGAUGUCAGAGAAGUCUUCCUCAAAGAUUUGCUACACCCCGAUGACCAAGGUUUAUUUGUUGCGGAAUUGAAUGAGUCGAUUGCUUCCGGAAACCCUAUGCGAUUAUUUUAUCGCCUGCGCAAAAAGGAUGGUAGCUACACAAUCUUUGAGGCUAUUGGGCACGCCCACGUCGCAGCGGCCAAGUUUGCGCCGAAUCCAAGCAAUCAAUCGCCAUUUUGCCAGGCUGUUUUCAUGAUGGCCCGCCCCUAUCCGACCAAAAAUGCCAGUUUACUGGACUCCUUUCUGGAACACAAAAUUGAAAAUGAGAGAUUGAAACGUCGCAUAUCGGAACUGAGGCGCGAAGAGGAAACGGAUGCAUACGAAGCGAGCCGACAGCGGACUAUGAGCUCCAGUGCUCGAUCUGAUGGCAGCGUGUCGGAGCGCAACGGUACAUCAACUCCCUCGUUCCAAACCACUAGCUUCGGUACCGCACCCCGAUCGACCGUCUCAGGGACUUUGACAAGGGAGAACUUGGAGGGCUCUGGUAACAGUGUCCGCCAGGACUCUUUGCGAGAUAAAAUGGCCCGCUUCGAAGGCCCAUCCCACGACGAGACUAUCGAGAUGUUGACUGGUUUGCGUUAUGCGAAAGGCGAGCGCAGUCGCGGUAUCACUACUGGUAACACAAGUCCUUCCCUUGUGACUGGCGAUGCAGGCAUAGCUAUGCCAAAGGAUCCAGAUGGCCGUGCUGCUGACAAGAAGAAGCGGAGACUGAAAGCCGUAGACGAAUAUGUGUGUACUGAUUGUGGAACCAUGGAUUCCCCAGAAUGGCGAAAAGGCCCUAGUGGACCCAAGACACUCUGCAAUGCCUGUGGUUUACGAUGGGCCAAGAAAGAAAAGAAGCGACAAAGCAUUACAAGGCCCAACGAAUCGCCCCCUAAUGAGUUUACCAUGGGCUGACGCAGUUGGGAGAAUGCAUCAGUCAUUUGUCAAUCUUUUUUUGUUUGUUUGCAUGCAGAGAUCGACUUGAAUUUCACUCAUAACUACUUGGCGUUUGGACGGCUUCGGCUGGCACAGAAAUGCUUGGCUGCUCCCUCAGCUCUCUUAAUAGAGACGAGGCCCAGCGUAGGGCACCUCGCAACUGAAGGCUAGGCAGAUGAGAAGACUUGGGGACAAACGGGUGGCUGCUUCUCGAUGCCUUCUUUAUUGUUUAUAUUCACUUUUCUGCUUUUCCAUAGUGUUUUCUUUUUGUUUACUUUUCGCGGUUUGUUUUAGCUUGACUGACGAUACACGAUAUACCUUGGGGGUUGACGAACAAGAUUUUGCAUGGCGUAACACGGUUUCUAUUCAGUAUACGACGAAAGAGACGAUUAAGAAAAAUUUACAAAUUUAUCAACAUCAGUGGCUUUUUUGGCAAGUGAGAUGGUCUGCCCUAGAAUCUAGAAUGCAGGCAUGUAAGAUCGUAGUUGAGCUGAUGCUCCUUGGUCCUUGAUUCGUACCUCUAAUUCUUCCAAGAAGGAUAAAAGAGCUAGUGAUCUGCCAUCCGCAACCCCAUUGGCU